AUGGUUCCAAGUGUUUGGCUUCUCGCUUUGAUAAGAAAUUAUGUAUCACCCCAUUAUCGACCAUCACCUUUGUGA